AUGGGAUAUUACACUAAACCUUUUUGUUUCAAUAAUCACUGGCUCAAUCAUCCUCGGUUAUCGGAAGUGGUCCAUAAUAGUUGGUCUGGAUCUCUUUCCUCCAGGGAGGUUGUGAGUUCUCUUGAUCUGAAAGUUGAGCAGGGUGUUAUCUUUGAUGCAGUGAUGGAGGUUGUCUUUGAUCACUUUUCUGAUCACUUUAGAGAACCCCUUAUUUUGGUUGAUGACACUAUUGUUAAUCUUUGGACCAUAAAGGCCAUUCUUCGUGGUUUUGAACUUGCUUCGGGCCUUCAGGUGAUUUUUUCAAAGAGUUCCCUUAUUGGGGUAAACUCUGGUCAUGCCUUCUUAGAUCUUUCCCGUGAGUUUCUUCAUUGCGAGAAUGAGUCCCUUCCUUUUAGGUACCUUGGGCUCCCGAUUGGCGUAAACCCUCGUCUUGCGUCUACGUGGGAUCCUCUAGUUAAUCUCUUAUCUAGAAGGCUCAUGUCAUGGAAACAUAGGUAUAUGUCUCCCUGGGGAGAGGUGAAGGGGGUUUCUAAGAUUUCCUGGGUUAAUUGGGUGGAUGAGUGUAAGCUUAAGAAGCUUGGGGGUUUAGGUGUCUGCAGCCUUAGAUUGGUCAACUUAACCUUCUUGGGAAAGUGGAGGUGGAGCUUGCUUUUGGGGGCUACUGUUGCCUCCGUUCGGCUUUGCCUUAGUGGAGGGGGUUUCCUUCUCGGGGGUACUUAUGAUGAUUUUGAUGUCUGCUUCAGGUAUGCUCUCUCCUUAAGAUUUGGUUCUGGCUCCCUCACCUCAUUUUGGAAGAAUACUUGGGUAGGUGAUUCUUCACUUCAUCUUAGAUUCCCGAGGCUUUUUCAGCUAUCUGAGCAACCUUUUAAUUUUGUUAGAGAGGUUGGUAGUUGGGAUGGCGAGAGUUGGGUCUGGGAGCUCAAGUGGAGAAUAUCGUUUCUUUUUUAUUACGAGUUGGCUCUUUUUAUCGAGUUUCAGUCUGUGCUUAGAAACUUCACCCCUAUGUUGAUAGAGAUGAGUAUAGGUGGAGUAAGUCAAGCGAUGAGGCUUAUUUUGUGCCCUCUUCCUACUCUUGCCUGUCGAAUCAUGUGUUUCCCCCAGGUAGCCUUGUCUCUACUGUUGAGCUUGUUGUCCUGA